CAUGGGAUUGAGCCUUUUCCGUGCCAGUACCGGCAGAAUUGCAAACAUUUUUCCAUUGAUACAAAGUGUCUGAUGCGGCGGCGGGCUGUACCAUGUGAGCCCAGGGGGGGCCGCUGAGGCUGGGGCCGGGUCGUCCAUGGGGCCGUGGAGGGACAGCACGCCGCUGCCUAUUUGCAAAAGUGACAUAAAGCCAAAAAAAGCAAAACCUUGAUCUGAGGCUGUUUUCACCUCGGAGGCAGCAUGUCAGGAGGGCCCUCGCCCCCUCCCCCUGUAGAGGUGUCAAGUGGACCGGUAGCAGAGAGCUGGUGUUACACCCAGGUGAAAGUAGUGAAGUUUUCCUACAUGUGGACCAUCAGUAACUUCAGUUUUUGUCGAGAGGAAAUGGGCGAAGUGUUAAAAAGUUCUACUUUUUCAUCGGGGCCAAAUGAUAAAAUGAAAUGGUGCUUAAGAGUUAACCCAAAAGGACUGGAUGACGAGAGCAAGGAUUACCUGUCCUUGUACCUGCUGCUCGUCAGCUGUCCGAAGAGUGAAGUUCGAGCAAAAUUUAAGUUCUCUCUGUUAAAUGUGCGGCGGGAGGAGACAAAAGCCAUGGAGAGUCAGAGGGCAUACCGGUUUGUCCAGGGUAAAGACUGGGGCUUCAAAAAAUUCAUCCGGCGAGACUUCCUACUCGAUGAAGCAAAUGGUCUCCUGCCAGAUGAUAAACUCACGUUGUUCUGUGAGGUGAGCGUAGUUCAGGAUUCUGUGAACAUAUCGGGACAGUCCAGCACAAACAACCUGAAAGUGCCGGAGUGCCGCCUGGCAGAGGACAUGGGCUAUCUGUGGGAGAGCAGCCGGUUCACAGACUGCAGUCUGUACGUGGGCGGCCAGGAGUUUAAAGCUCACAAAUCCAUCCUUGCAGCUCGAUCCCCGGUUUUCAAUGCAAUGUUCGAACACGAGAUGGAAGAGAGCAAGAAGAACAGAGUAGACAUUCACGACAUGGAACCAGAAGUGUUUAAGGAAAUGAUGGGAUACAUCUACACCGGAAAGGCUCCUAAUUUAGAGAAGAUGGCUGAUAACUUGUUGGCAGCAGCAGAUAAAUAUGCUUUAGAACGGCUAAAAGUCCUAUGUGAAGAGGCCCUAUGCAAUAGCCUGUCAGUGGAGAAUGUCGCCGACGUCCUUAUCCUCGCAGAUUUGCACAGCGCAGAACAGCUGAAAGCACAAGCAAUAGACUUCAUUAACAGAUGUAGUGUUCUCCGGCAGUUGGGCUGCAAGGACGGCAAAAACUGGAACGGCAGUCAAGCUAUGGACGUAAUGGAGACAGACGGCUGGAAAUCCAUGAUCCAAUCCCAUCCACACCUAGUAGCAGAAGCCUUCCGAGCACUCGCAUGCGCACAGUGUCUGCCUUUUGGAUUUCCAAGGAAACGGCUAAAGCUGUCUUAAGAGUCGCCCGCGAAGCUUUGUCCCACCUGUCAAGGACUUUUACAGUCAGUGUUCCGAACUGUUUCACCUACCACACAAGCCGAAGCUUUUAUUUUUUUUUAUUUUUUUUUGUUCGUUCUGUUUCUUCCCCGCUCUGGUUGCGCACGCACAAGACUGAGGACCUAUCUAACAUUUGCUUUGCAGAUGGAUGACGUCAUCGAAUCCACAGCUUUAAAUUCAACAGGUUGUUCUCGUAUUCACUAAAUUGCCUUAAAUUAUCAAAUCCGGACUCGGUUGUAAAGUUUGCCAGUUGUUCCGUUGUAUCGUUACUUUUAUUAUGUUGUUUUUUUGUUUUUUUUAAACAAACCGUGCCUUGUCAUGUGACCAGGCUAUGUGGGAUUGCACUAGAGUCAUAUUACCGUAAUAAUUAUAUCGGCAUUAUUUGUUUUGGAAGGAUGAGUUUCGGCUGUUUUUGUCUUGGUCGUUAGAGGGUGGAUGUUUAAUAGGUUCGUCCAUUUCCGUACUGAAAAGGGAUUUGGCCCAUAAACGUCCGAAGACCUAUCAACUUGAAAGUGCAAUUGGUGGCGGUUCUGACCACCGGGAGCCCAACCGAUCCCAAGAAGUGAAUGGGCCAUUUCCAUAGCUCCUCUUGGCUCAAGUGGAGUUUGACUGCUCGUGCACCCUGCCGCUUGCUCAACAGGCGCCCCAUUCUUGGGACUGGUGACCCCCCCCCCCCCCUAAUAAAUGCACCGUACAAGACCUUCUUACAGGUGAGAAGAGGCAGGAUGCUGACACAGUCCAGACACCAGCUUAUUUUGGGGUUGUCAUCACCCAAUAAAAAGAUUUAAAAAAAAUAAAUAAAAUCGAAUCCAUCUCAAUCAGUAGUUUCCCGCCACGGGUUGUCAGAUGGUUCCUGUAGAUGAGGCCUCCAAACCAUGUGUGGCGUAUAUAGCAUCACCCCGUUACAUGACAUAAUGUGUUAGUCACUGAGACGCCCCCUGCUGCUCCGUUCAGCCAUGCCUUUUUCUUAGCCAGAAGGUUGGCCACCAGUGAGGUUGUCCAGACCCAAAUGGCUUUUCUCUUAGGUGAGAUUCCGAUGGUGGAAUUUCAAAAAAUUGAAAAAUCGCACUAAGCUACGCCCUAUUACACCCCUAAACUCCACUCCCACUUGACCUUCAAAUCCGCACUCUCAGCUUAGCAUUGCUGCCUACCCCGCUCCCCUGUGAAACUGAACCUGCUGCGCAGGCGGUAAAUCUGUGGCUUGUGGCCAGUAGGGGGACCCCUGAUUUCGGAUUUGCACGGUGGUAAAGUCCACCACGGUGUCCUGAUUGUAAUUGGUUAUUAGGCAUUUUUCUAGGGAUAUUAUAUUUUACGACUUGACCUAAAGGGAUCCAGGAUUAGAAAAAGGGUCUGCAUCUUUCCCAGCAACAGCGCCAAUCCGGGUCUAUGGGCUGUGUCCGGUAUUGCAGCAUUCGCUCGAGUGGGGCUGAGCUGUUAUCAAUCGCUUCGCCCUUGGACAAAUGUUUCUGGGGGGAAAAAAUUUCAUUUACUGGUGAUAUUAUAUUUUUUAUUUUUCGGAAACUUGGCUUCCUAUUUUACAAAAAAAACUGCGUCACUACAGCCCCAAAUUAGUUUUGUUUAGAAGAAGAGAGAGAAUGCUUAAAGGGGUUCUCCUGGCUUUUAAUAUUGAUGACCUAUUCUUAGGAUAGGUCAGCAAUAUCAGAUCGGCGGGGGUCCGACACCCGGCACCCCCGCCGAUCCGCUGUAUGAGGAGACUGCAGUAGCGGACAGGAAGAGAGACUGGCACAUGCGGACUGCGCGCACCGUCUCCUCAUACAGCGGAUCGGCGGGGUGCCGGGUGUCGGACCCCCACGAUCACAUAUUGAUGACCCAUCCUGUGAAUAGGUCAUUAAUUAAUAUUAAAGGCCUGGACAACCCCUUUAAAGAGCACCUGUCUGCAGGAUCGACACUAAUAAACUAGACAUGCUACCUGGUAGGGUUGAUCCUGCUGAUUAAAACGAUAAUUGUUUUUAUUUUUAUGCAAAUUAGGGCUUUAGAGCACUUAGGGGCGCGGGCACUGGAAAGCUGAAGUGCACUGAGGAGCUAGGCCACGCCCCUUGAUGCAGCAAAGCCUCUAAUUUUUUAUAAAGAAUGCAAGUGUUUUCUUAAAUGUUUUUUUUUGUUUGUUUUUUUUUUUAUUCCUGGGAACACCUCACUCCGUUUUCAUAAGACAGGUACCAUUUUACUCAGCAGGAUCAACCCUACCAGACAGUGUGUCUUAUUCAUUAGGGUUGACGCUGCUGCCUGAAGGCGUUUAUCUUAAGAAGAGCAAAUGUGUGCAUAAAUACUCCUGACAGGUCAACACGACACGACGAUUUUUGGGUUGUCGUAGGUGCAAUAAGCUGGCCCGUUCCUUGACCCCCCCCCACCCCGAGUUGGAAAGAAUCAUAAAGGGAUUGUCUUUUUGUAGUUUGUUUACAGUCUCCGCUUCAUUUCAGGGUUUCAUUUCUGUACAUUUUCUACCCCAUCCCAAACGUGACCAGUAGCGAUGACCAUGGGCCGGGUUCACUUUAAUUAUGCACUUUAGAAAAAAAAAAAAAGUUGACGGAAGUUUUUCAAUUUCAAUAAAAAAUUCUAUUUUCUGUGCAAUAUCAUUUGGGGGAUUUAGUCGCAGUUUUAUUAGUCUGUAGACCAGGUCAUUGUACUUCAGUCCUGUACGGUAGGUAUUCAGAGUCUUCAGCGGACAGGAUGAUCACAUAGUUGGUAGAAUUGUGUUUUGCUUUUUUUGUUUUUUGUUUUUGUUCUUUUUAAGUUUAAAGUCAUUUUCAGCUUUUAUAAAUUCUUCUGCCAAUUAAAGGGGUUUUCCACAAUUUUGAGCUGGAUUUAAGCUUCGUCGAGUCUCCACUGGAUGUGACCUAUACAGGAACAUCCAAGCAGCAAAUGUGGAGAACCCCUUUAAGUGCUGGGUAGAGACUGAGGCUUCAUUAAAGAGGUGUUCCUAUCUUAAGAUGUUAGUCCCUUUUGGCUUUUCUCCUGGUCACCUGAUGGACAGGGAGACACCGUGAAGGAGCCGCAUCGCCCCUUCAGUCUACACGUGUUCUAAUGAUUGCCAAUGGUCUCGCCAUGCAACACGCAACAUGCUGCCCCAAAAAAAUCCAGGCGUGUUGGCUUUUGUGUCGCAGGUCGCGCGUGACUUUUACUCCAUUGACUUUAUUGUAAGUAAAUACGUUUAAACGGAUCCCUAGCUGCAAACACUAGUGACCUGUGACAGAUCGCUCCCACUGUGUACUGGCCACAGGAAACUAGCAACAUUUUGAAUGCAGCUCUCGAUGUGACUGGAGUAUAGGACGUUAUAAUGUAUAGUAUUGGCAAAGUGAGUGUGUUCACGCUUAUCUAUGGAAAUUUGCUGUUUGAUAUCCAUUUAACCUUUUGAGUAUAUCAAAUUUUGCUCAAAAGUAGAUUUUGAUUUUAUUUUAUUUUUUAAACAAAAAAAAAAACAAAACAUAAUACAUUUGGAGAAUUAUCCUGAUGAAGUUAUAGUGCUCUGUUAUUUCACUGCUCCCACGCAGGCAUGUGUAAACAUUGUAGCCACCACUAGGGGGACAAUAUGUAUACAUGGAGCUGCAUAGAGGGCUCCCCCUAGUGGUGACAACAGGCAGCUUAGGUUUUUACAGGUUGAAGUAACAAAUCAUUGCAGCUCAUUGCUUACUCUUGUAUUAUUAUCCAGGCUGCUCAUUUCUUAUAGGAAAUAGUCCCCUUAGGUGACCUUAAGUAUGGCGGGCGAUGGAUGGUUGUCGGAGACAGUGUAAAAAAAGGAAUGGACGGGGGGGUCAGUAUGGACAUGGAGCUCCCUGUGUAGGGGACAGGUGCUGAUUGCAGUCAAAUCCGAUAAACAGAAAAAUAUGUUUCAAAUCUGUAAUUUGCAGGAAAACGUGUCAGAUCUGCUUUUUUUCUCCUUUUGUGUGAUAUGUUCUUCUCCGUUGACCUUUUUAUCAUCUUGUAGGUAACAAGCUGCGAUAAAUAACACGUUGUGUUUCAAUACAUAAGCCUUGGUUGAACAGUCAGGUAGACCUCCCCUUACAGUAUAUACUAUCAGAUACAAGGUUAGUAUGUAUCAUCAUACAUUGCAUUGUAUCUGCUUACAAGGGCAACUUAUUGAUCAUCAGCUGUUACCAGCGGAUGUUGGGAAUUGUAGUCUCAAAAAGAACUGAAGAAAAAACUAAAAAAACACCACUGGCUUUCACUAUGAAAUUAAAGGGGACCCAUUAAAGAGACCCAUGGGUGAAUGAAUUAUAAAAUUAUAAUUUCUAUGUCUUCUAUGAAAAUGCCAUUAAUAUUUGAAAUGACCACCCUUGGAUUGCAUUAUGUUUUCCUUUUAUUUUAAAUGUGUGCUGAAUAACUUCUUAAUAUAUCUUUUUAAUGGUUUGAGUUGAUGUUUUGUGAUACAGAGCCCCAAAUCCCAUGGAUAGACCUAAUUAAAUGAUACAGUACAUUUAAGUCUGGCUGCAGCCACCACUAGAGGGAGCUCCAGGGCUUACUGCAGACUGUUUAUGCAGUGAACUCGGUAGCAAGACUCCCUCUAGUGGUGGAUGGCAGCAUUGCAUCAUUUAACUCUAUGCAGGGGUUUUUGGAGUUCUGUAUCAGAAAAAGAGAGCACUGAGCGCCGUGAAGAUGUGUUAAUCAUCACAGAUGGGCUUUGUUUAUGCAUCACUUUAUAUUUAUGGAGAGAGAGUUCCCCCAAAUGGCCUAAUAUUCCUCUUUAACUGCUCAAUUUAGCAUAUUUUUUUUUAUUUUUUAUUAUUUCUCCGCUGAUUAAAAACACUUAGGACGUCAACCAAAUCCAUUACAUUGAAGGAAACUGUUAAUUUAUGAUGCAGAUAAGGGGGAUAUUUUUAGGUUAUAAUAUGUACAUUUUUAUUUUUUUUGGGUGGGGGGGGGGGGGGGUUGUCGGGAUGUUAUUUGGUCCUGGCCAAAUUGAAUUAGUAAAAACCUUGUUCUAAAGGUGCUUUAAAGCUCCCUUCUUCGGUAUGACACAGAGCCUGGUGUGAUAAAUGCAUCGAAGAAAACAAUUCUAUUUCAGGUUGCUUUGAAAUACUUGAAAUAAGGUUAAAAAAAAAAAAGUCUAUUUUCAUCGUCUGUUAUUUUCAACUUAAAGAAAAAAACAAACACAUUUUGUACCAAAAAUGUCAAACACUGUGCUGUAUGUAAAUGUGUAAUUGUAGAGGUCGGCUGCAUUAAAAAUGACGCCUGUGACUUAACAUAUUAUUGACUUGUAAAAUAACAUUUGAAGUCUUAUGUUGGCUGUUUGGAAAAUGUAAAACUCAUUAUUGUCCUUU